UGUCUCUUGCCCCAGAGCUUGGGGCAGGCGGCAGCUGCUCGGUGCCUGUGCUGUGGGAAGGGGCCCACAGCGGUGGGUCUGGGUCUGCCCAGAGAGCCCCUGGGGAUGCUGGCCUGCUGCCUGCUGCAGCACUCGGUGCUGGCCGUCGGAUGUGGCUGGUGGGCACUUGGCGACGGGCCGGGGACAAAACCUUUUUAGAACUGGUGUUUUCUUCUAAAAGCCGAGCUGUUUUUCCAGCCCCUCUGCCAUUGCCAUGGCAAUGGUUCCCUGGGUGAUGCCAGCUCCCCAGUUACAUAAGGGUGGGUGAAAGUGUCUUUCUUUUUUUGGGAGGCAGGGCGCUGCCCCCUGUCCUGCCCAGCUCUCCUGGAGCAGCCUGGCCCUGGGGCUGCCAGGCAGCAGGAGGCUGUGGCCAUGAGUCCCUGCUGGCUCUGCUUGUGCCUGGUCCCAGCUCGUGUUUCAGCCCCCACUUCUGUCUUGGGCUCAGCCUGUGCCAUGCUCCCCCGAUGGCAAAUGGGGUGUCGGUACAUAGGGACUGGGAUUUGGGCUGCUGGUCGCCGGCUUGUUGCCUGUCCCUCUGCCAGCAGCAGGGAGGCUGGAGCACAGCGUGUCCUCUCCUGAGUCCCUGGAGGGUGCUUCACAGGGCACAUCGGUGACCUGAGGCUUGGCAGUGCUGGCUGCGCCAUUCCAGCUCUGAUGGUGAACCCCCAGUGCCUCUGGGGAGCAACUAAAGCUGAUUUCACUCACCCUGCCAGAGGGGCAGGAGCCUCGGUCCCUGUUUUGGCAGACGCAGUGCCCAGGCUUUUAGGACUCAGCCUCCAUCACCCAUGUGUGAGGAGGGGCACAGCUAAGACUUUAGUCAGGAUGCAGGGAGGUGUGGUGUGGUUUGCAGAGCCAGUAGGAACAGUCUGUUGUCACCAAAGCAAGGGUGAGGAGGGAGAAGGAGGUGGUGUUGCUGAUGCUGUGCUGCUGGAGCCCUGUGUGGGCGUCCACAGAUGUGCCCAUGGCAUGGCAGCUGUCACAGCCCCUGAAAUCCCUGUGAUAGGUGUCCUUGGGCCAGUGCUCUCUGUACAGGCCUCACCACAGCCCCGCUGUGCUUCUUGCAGUGCUGGCUGGGUGCAAGCCUGCUGUGCUUGCUGCUCGUGGCUGCAGACUGAUGGAACCCCACUUACCACAGCUCUUGGAGCCUGACCUAGCAGCCAGUGGUUCACCCCUCACAGUGUGUGCCUGUCUGACCACUGAAGAAUAACUGGGGAGGAGUCUCGCCAUAACAUCAGCCAGCUCUUUCAGUAUCCUGGGAUGAAUCCCAUUGGGGCCAUAGGCUUACAUGUCUUCAGCUGGCAAAAUGGCACCUACACCUGUGAACAGCUUUGCUCCUGUGCCAGAAAUCACCUAGGACCCGGGCUUCCCCCUCUCAUGUAGUUGUUCACUAGCAGAGGUGCAUCUCUAGGGGGUUGGGGUGGAGUUCCCUGCAGGACAGAACAGCGCAGAGCAAAGUUUCUGAGCUAGCCUGGCUUGUUCAAGGCAGGAUGAAGGCUGUCCUGCUGCCUGUCCGUCUGCCCUUUCUCCCACCCGUUCCUCCCCUACCUGGUGGUGAAGCUGAGGAUUCAUGGGGAAGCUGCGUGCAUGCUGGUGAUGGCAGGAGGUGCUCAAGGCCUGGGAACUUGCUCAGAGACACUGGCCCACUGCUGCGAUGCGUGUCAGGGCGUGGAGGAAGAUGUGGCGAAGUGCUGGGGUGGGGAUGGGGCAGGGAUGCUUGUGGGCACCAGAGGCCUCUGUGAGGCAGGGCAACAGGGCUGUGCUGCGCCAGUGAGGCAGGAGUGUCCCCACUGGAUGCUGUCUUGGCCCAGCAACGGAAGGUGGCUAUUCUGCCUGGCGAGGCAGGUGCUGGGUGCUGCAGGCCCGCUUCUAUCCGUGAUUAUCAGCCAGUAGGGUUGGGUUGAAGGUGCAGGGAAUGGCACAGGGCCAUGGUGGUGAGAAACCAUUGCUGGGUGAGACCAGUGGGCAGGUGGUGAGACAUGCAUGCUCUUGCUGCAUGGCCCAGGGAGGAGGUCUGACCAACCAGGGCUGCUGGGCUGUUCCUCCUGGCUUAUUCACCUGCCACUGGCGAUGUCCAGGUUUGGGCUAAAUUAGGGUUGUGCUAGCAUCCUGCGCCAGGCAGGGGUGGGGGGAUUUGUGUCCAUGCCAGCAUGUCACGUAACCUGCUCUGUGGCAACAGCCACACUGUGUGUAUUUCUUGUUUCCGAUGUGCACAUUCCCACCUUGGGCACAGACUGUGCUCCCAGGUGAGAUGAUGGCGUACUGGGGCAACAUUCAUGUGUGUCCACGCAUGUGCACAAGGUUCUGCGUGCAUAUAUGUGCGCGGUCAUGUGCGUACCCAGAUCACCUGCUGUGUGUGUUCGUGGGUGCAUGAGUGCUUCACUGUGCGUGUGCAUUGCCGCAGACUCCAGCCUGGAUGGCUGCAGGCUCGAGCAUGACUCUGCGUGUUUGCACUGAGCCAUGUGUGCGCACAUCUGGGUGCAGGUGAGGGGUGCUGAGCUCUGCCUUGAGGAUGCUGCGUAUCACAGAGGGUGUCAGCAUAGCCCCAUCUGGGUGCCUGUGCCUGUUUGAUCCGCUGAAGGAGGGAAGAUGGAGCGGGUACUGCGCGGCGCCAGGCGUUUUUCUUCAUAAACAAGGGUAUUUGGGGCCAAUUGGAGCAUGAAUAAUUUGCGUGGCAGCCAAUGGCUGAGUGCUGGCUGCAUCGCAGCGCUCGCCUGCAAUGGAGGCCAAACCUGCUGGGGCUGCACGUCGGCUGAGGGGGAAGGGAGAGGGAGGGCUUAGCGCAGGGCUGGGGCUCCGUUAUAAAUCGAGGCGAGGGGCUGAGCCAGCGCAGAGCUCUGCUUCACCCCAGCCCGCUGCAGCGCCGUGCCCUGCGCUGGGACCCCGUGCCCGGCCCUCCCUGAGCGCACAUCCUCGCCCGCACGGUCCUCACCAUGCCGGAGUGCUGGGAUGGGGAACACGACAUUGAGACGCCCUAUGGGCUGCUGCACGUGGUCAUCCGGGGCUCGCCCAAGGGGAACCGCCCUGCCAUCCUGACGUACCACGAUGUGGGCCUCAACCACAAGCUUUGCUUCAACACCUUCUUCAACUACGAAGACAUGCAGGAGAUCACAAAACACUUUGUGGUGUGUCACGUGGAUGCGCCAGGCCAGCAGGCAGGAGCCUCGCAGUUCCCACAGGGGUACCAGUACCCAUCCAUGGACCAGCUGGCUGCCAUGUUACCCAGCGUGGUGCAGCACUUUGGGUUCAAGUAUGUGAUCGGGAUCGGUGUUGGGGCAGGAGCCUACGUGCUGGCCAAGUUUGCGCUCAUCUUCCCCGACCUGGUAGAAGGGCUGGUCCUCAUGAACAUCGAUCCCAACGGCAAAGGCUGGAUUGAUUGGGCAGCUGCCAAGCUCUCGGGCCUCACCAGCACACUGCCGGACACAGUCCUGUCCCACCUGUUCAGCCAGGAGGAGCUGGUGAACAACACGGAGCUGGUGCAGAGUUACCGGCAGCAGAUCGGCAGCGUGGUGAACCAGUUCAACCUCCAGCUCUUCCUCAACAUGUACAACAGCCGCAGGGAUCUAGACAUCAACCGGCCCGGCACUGUGCCCAAUGCCAAGACGCUGCGUUGUCCUGUGAUGUUGGUGGUGGGAGACAACGCUCCCGCCGAGGAGGGUGUGGUGGAGUGUAAUUCCAAGCUGGAUCCCACAAACACCACCUUUCUGAAGAUGGCAGAUUCUGGUGGGCUGCCCCAGGUCACACAGCCCGGCAAGCUGACCGAAGCCUUCAAGUACUUCCUGCAAGGCAUGGGCUACAUCGCCCACCUGAAGGAUCGGAGGCUGAGUGGAGGCGCAGUGCCGUCCGCCAGCAUGACUCGCCUGGCACGCUCCCGCACAGCCUCGCUCACCAGCGCCAGUUCGGUGGAAGGCGCCCGACCACGUGCCUGUACCCAUUCGGAGAGCAGCGAGGCCAUGGGGCAGAUCAACCACACCAUGGAGGUAUCGUGCUGAGGCCCACGGCCGCCACCACCGUUUCCUCCAGAGCCAUCUCCCAUCCGUCAGCAUCCCGCCAGCACCCACCCGCCCCGCGGACGACCUCUGCCAGUGCUCUCGCUCCCCUGGGGUUGAUUCAUCUUCUUUGCUGUUGGCCUCCCUCCCUCGCUGGGCACCAGAGGAGCUGCUCCUUGUCGCCUCCAGGCUCAGAGUCCCAGCUCAUCCCAGUGGUCACACAUGGCUCUGCCUCAGUCCUCGCCCUCCCCAGCACUGCCUUGGCCCUGGCGUGGGAGGGAGGAUGGUGGGGGGACAUGGCCGGGAUGGGUGAGCAGGGGUGGGAUGGAGCAGGACAGUGGGACAUGGGCGGGACAGCAGGACGUGGGCAGGACGGCAGGAUGCAGAGAGGUAGGUUGGUCUCCCAAGGGUGACCAAGCCAGAAGGAAGCCAGGGCUGGGGUGCUGUGUGUGGUCAUUUUGGGGAGCUCCCAGUGCCCAUCCUGGGGCUGCAGCUCCCAUUCACGUCCCUGGUGGCCAUUCCCUGGGCAUUGCGUGGGAUCCCCGGCACAGGCAGGACCUGCAGCCCGGGUGCACGCUGGGCAUCGUGAGCAAUCGCAGCCUGCCUGUGCCCCUCCCUGCCAUGCACCCCGGGGGCUGCCCAGGGCAGGGGCGGAGGUCUCAGCCUGAGCCGUCAGGGCAGAAGGGGAUCGUGGGCAUCCCCAGCCCACAUCCCACGCACAGUGCUGCCUUGGCCCUGUUUUUGUUGCAAAAAGGACAAUGGCUGCCUGCCGCCAAAAAUGCAGGUGGGGGCAGCAUGUGCCCCUUGCCUCGCCCGGUCCCUGACAGCUGGCCCUGGUCUGAGGCCACCAGGGCUCAGAGGCUGCUGGGUCUGGGGACACCGUGAGGAUCCACCCCGUCAUCCUGUGGCUGCCACUGCAGCAGAGCCAUUAGCAAUAAGAUGAGAACACCCCACUCCAGGAAGCCCCUGCCCCGCGGGGCACACCCACCUCAGCCUGCCGGUUCUGCGAGGUGACCCCAUGGCACACGGGGAACAUUCCACACCUGGGGGGCGGUUCCCCCAUGUGUCACCUCUGCAGCGAGGGGGCCAUCAAAGGCUUGGCCCCACGCAGGCUGCAAGGCCCCACCCGGCUCCAGGUGGCACAGACAGCCACAUCAUUGUGUCACCCUGCCACUGGCCACCCAGCUCCUCCUGUACCCGGGCCGAAGGAGAGCCCAGCUCUGGUGAUGGGUGCUCGGGGCCUCGUGGUGGCCCUGGGACGGGGCAGCUGCAGAGCCCCAUUGAGGAUCCAGCUGCUGCAGCCAUCUGGGCUGGAGCAGGUCCCGUGCAGCCCCCUUCAAGCACUUUCCCCACAGGCCCUCACCCCAUCACGGGGUCACGGGGCUCCCAGCGGGUGCUCGAGGGCUGCUGGCCCCAAGGCCGGCACCUCGGUCCGUGCCCAGUAACGCCGACACGCCGGUGUCCCCAUUUCCCCCAUUCAUUCUGCUGUGUGCUUCCUUCUCGGUGUGACUCUAAAUGCUAAGCAGACCUUUUUUUCUGUAGAUACCACCGCCAUCACCCAUUUUCUCAGCGUGUCCUUCCAGAUGAUAUAUAUAUAAAUACCUAUACAUAUUAUAUAUAUGGGGUUGUCCGGUCCCUUUGGGUUUGCUCCCCUUGUUCUCUCGUACAAGUGGUGCCGUGUGGUUCCAUUUGAGGUGGUCUGGCCGUGCUUGCCUUCGGUUUCCCACCUGGGUUGUGUUGGUUCGUUCUGUUCCCUCCGUGGUUUGUUCUUUUGAUUUUAUUGGUUCUCCCCUUUUCCCGGUCACAUCAGAAUUGAACACAUUUCCCUCUUUCCCUGUCUGAGCGCAACCUGGUUUUGUCACAGUGGCGUCGAGGCCACAGUUCUCACACAAGAGGGCAAUAUGUAAACCAGAUUUAACUAACCCGUCGCUGUAGAGAGGAUUUACUGUAUUGGAAAAAAGUAUUAAUAAAGAUGAUAAGAAUCUGC